AUGACAGAAGCUAGAAAUUUCUAUUCGUCUUACAUCGCCCUUUGCAUCUUAAACGGUUUCUUGUGCUGCAUUGCGAUCAUUCUGAAUGGUAUCACGAUCCAUGCCAUAAGAAAAACUUCAGCUUUGCCAAAUACUCUAAGAAUAUUGCUCCUAAGCCUAGCUUUUUCUGAUCUUGGUGUUGGUCUACUGGUACAGCCUCUAAACAUUGCAUUUUUCGUCAUGGAGAUGGGACCAAACGCUGAAAGCCACCCCACCUACAAGAUCACAGCCUAUGUGCAAAGGGUCGUUGUAAAUCUCUUUUAUUAUGCUACUUUCUUUGACAUUUUAGCUCUUAGUGUAGACAGAUUUUUGUCUAUUUAUCUUCAUCUUAGAUACCAGGAACUUGUAACCCACAAGCGUGUUGUUGCUGUUGUGAUUUCAAUAUGGAUUUCAAGCUCAUUUAUUUCUUCUAUUCACUUUUGGAUAGCAACUGAUAUCAUUCGUGACGCUAUUUAUCUAACCAUUGAGUUAGCUUGCCUUUUGACCACAACACUCCUUUACUGCAAGAUCUAUUUAGCGGUAAAACGUCACAAAAGGCAGAUUCAAGCCCUUCAGAUACAGCAGCAAGCACAAAAUGAAACCGUUGGAUAUCGGGGGAGAUUUAAGACUGCCAUAGCAGCAUUUUACAUAUACCUGGUGUUUCUUGCUUGUUAUCUGCCGCAUAAUUGUUCAUACGUCUCCAGGGUUAUAACUGGUUCUUACAGUUUAGAUGGUUUGGUAAGACAUUUAGUUAGAUAUACUUUGACGCUGACGUGGCUGAAUUCAUCUCUAAAUCCUCUGAUCUACAGCUUGAAGAUGAAACAAAUUUGCCUCACGAUUAAGAAUAUUUUCCAAAAUAUUCUACCGAUCACUUGAGCUUUGUUUUAAUUCGUCGUUGCGGCAUGGUGAUCUGCAGCAGACUUUUUAAGGCAAUGAAUUACUAAGGUUCGCUCGAAACAUCUCCGUGUGUGUGAAAGAUGUCAUGCGGUGACUAACUCUGGGUGCAAAGUCUUGGAAGCCUUAUCAAGCCUAGCCUUCAAACGGAGAGAAGCGACGACCGGAAAUACGUCUGCGUUCGCAUGCUACUAUCAAACCGUGCGCUUGGAUUAUUUCAUCCAAAGUAAUUUAAGACCGGAGUUCUGGAGCCAGGGUCUUCUGGUGACUGACAAUUAAAAAUGAUAUCUAUGCCUGAUGUAAAGCAAAAAUCGGACUCCUCAAUAGAUCAGAACAUCGCCGACGCAAAAGACUAACCUUAAUUUAUAAUACAGUUUGCGGUUCAGCUGAUAUCUCUCAAGAAACUCUGAUUAUUUGGUGAAAAAAUGGAAGGAAGGACUAAGGCGUGCUAAGAGAGUAGAUUUCCUGUGUUUAAUUCAAGCCCAUAACGCUGGUUAUGAUCUUUGCUUUCUGCGGCAGGUAUUAAAGAAUGUGAUCCGUCUCCUUUCAUGUUACUAAAAAGGUUUUGUAAAUACUACAAAGGCAAUUUUGAAAAACUGCCUACGAUAAAAACGAUGUAAAAUUAGCCACCAAGUUAUAGCGGGUCUCAAUGGGGUGCUUUGACGGCUGACGGUAAAUUGUUUCCAAUUUUGACGGUUGACGGUUAUUAAGUGGUCUUAAAUGGGAAUGUAGUCCAAAUGUUAGAGGACACAUUUAACUUAUCUAUGCCGGAAUUAAAAAAGCGAGGAUAAUCCUCUUGAUUAAAAUCAGCUAUUGUGUUUUGGAGGUUUUCUUGGCCUUUCACUUGAAAUAAUUUAGGAGUAUUUUCAGAUAUCAAAAAAAACUGGUUUUUCCAGUUUAUAGAGAUUAUUCAGAAGCCAGAAUUCCGUAAUAGUGAGAUUUGAAAUACCGUGAAACUUUUUGACGGUUAAUCUUAAUCUGCAUUUUUGACGGUUGACGACAUAAAAUAACCUUUUUUGACGGUUGGCGGUUAAUUUUUAGGCCGUUUGACGGCUGACUGUGAACCCCAUUGAGACCCUCCUCAUAAUCUUCUUAGUUGCAGAAAUUUGAUCCCGAUGUAAACACUCAAGUUAGAUUUAGAUUUAGAAUUUAUCGGCCAUCAGAUGAUUUUGUAUAAAUGUAAAAUCCUUUAGCCAGCAUGUAACAUAAAGCCUUUCAUAAUUUUUUUUCGUAUUAGUACGGACCUCCUUUUGCUAGAAACAACUUGGUAGGAAAACUUAACAGAAAAAACAGAGAUCCUUUUUUGUCGUCGUUAUCUAGAUUUUCUAAAAUUGCCAAUUCACAUCAUCAACAAACUGUUCAAUACACUAUUUUUCCCAAUUUUAACGUAUUGCUCUGAAGUUUGGGGAAUCUAUGAUAAAAGUGAUUAUAGCCGGUGGGAUAAAGACUCGAUUGAGAAAACGCAUAUACAUUUUUGUAAGAUGUGUUUAGGUUUAAACAAACGUUCACCGAAUGUUGCAUCGAGAAAUGAACUUGGUAGAUUAUCUCUAAAUUUACAAAUAACAAUGAACAUUUUCAAAUUUUGGAUUCACCUUGAAAAUCAACCCCCCGACAGCAUUGCUAAACUCUGCUUAAACAUAUCAGAUAAAAUGGCCGAAGAAAAUAAAUCAGGUCUAAUAAAUAAAAUAAAUCUUUUGAGUACACAACUUAAUAUAUAUUCAUAAACAGUCAGUUAACUUCAAAAACCCUUGUUCUUUCCUGUCCAAAGCUGAGAAUAAUUUGUCAAAACAUCUGAAAAACCACCAGCUAAAUUUGAUAAGAACAAAUAUAAAAAUAAAAUUCUACUCCAUCUUUAAAAAUGAAACAAAUCACUCUGAAUUCAUCAAUCAUAUUCGAAAUCCUGAACAUAGGCGUGUAGCGUCCAAAUUUAGGAUAGGAAAUCAUAAUUUCAAAAUAGAAACCUGAAGAUUUACAAUUCCCAAAACUCCUGAAGACCUUAGAAUCUGUGAUCAUUGCAACCAAAAUUCGGUUGAAAAUGAACUGCACAUAUUAUUUCACUGUGAUCAAUACAAUGAUUUGAGAAAGACUCUUUUUAUUAAAAUCAACGACUGAAAUACAUUAUUUACACAUUACAAUAUCCAUGAUAAGGUCUGUUUUCUUUUUAACAAUAUACUGAUUCACAUAUCAGCAGGCUAGCUGCUAAUUUCAUCUUUCAAGCAUUUGAAAGACGAAAGAAACAUAGUUAAUUCUACCGUUCCAUCAUAUCUGCAUUUCCUUAAACUUAGCUGUUUAUUAUUGUUAUUUUAAUCGAUAACACCUGUACAAAAUGGUAAUACUGAAUAAACUUGUUGUUGUUGCUUCCAUUCAGGAGUAACUUCAAGCUGUGCAGCGCACGUUUAUCAUUAAUUAAUAUAAGCUAGCCAUUAAAACAAAGGAUCAAACGCGGUGAAUAUCUUUGAAAGUUGAUAAAGCUGUCAAAUUUAAGUGCAAAACUUGGACAGACUCUAAUAUUGAUUCCAAAUAUUUGUUAAGGUAAAAGGUCCUUAUCAUUCAGACCUCUGUAACUCGUAUACUUCAACUGACAAACCUGAUCGAGGUAAAUGGUGCGUUUAUUUUUAACCCCCCCCCCCCCUCCCUCCAUCAGCAGUGCUCUGUUUUACGGGUAUUUAAAGCUACUUAAAGCUAUACAGGGAAAGAAAAUAAGUCGAAACAAGGAUUUGAGGUCACACCUGGCAAUCGAACUCGGAACACCCUGCACACCCGGGGCCACGCACUAAGCAAAUGUGCUGAAUUGCUCCCCCUAUUUCUCAGUCCUUUUCUGAUCGGAUUAAAUCCCCCCAAAAAUUCAUGCAGUACCUAUCUCAAAAAUUAUAUAUAUUCACAAGCAGCUGAGUACCUAAAAAAAAUCAUGUACGAGAAGUUCUAUGCAUAGUAUUUAUUAAAGGGUAAAGUAUUAGAAAAAACAAGGUACCAUAGAACAAUGCCGGCCAUAACAUAUAUCUUGCUUUCUAUGCAAAAAUUAAACUUCCAUACUAUAUGUUAUCCCGGCGGAGCCAACACUUUGUAAUCGGUUUAACUUUCUAGUCUUCUAGGAUAAGGACGAAAAAACGGAGACUCCGUCUCACAACACUCUCACUUAUCUGGUUCUAGUGGACGUAAAAGAACCCGGCCACACCACUGUUCGAAAACAGUAGGGGACGAAGACCCCGGUGGUGCAGCCAACGUACUUUCCCGGGCUGGGUGGGUUAUCUGUAAGGAGAGAUCUUAAUAUAACGUAGGAAUAAAUAUCCUCCUUCGAAUUCAAGUGUCGUAAUGGAUACCUGUAAAAAGUGUUGGCAUAUAUCUCUGUUAUCCCGGAUAUUAUUCCUCACGAAAUAUACCAGGUAUACUGUGCUAUACCAUCCGGUCUCUCUUUCUUUCUUUUAAAACUUCGUUUUCGUGUCUUGGUAAUGUUUGGUUUUUGUUUUUGUUUUUUUCUUUUUUGCGAAAUCUGCUUAUUCAAGAAAAUUAAUUAUUCCUUCUUUAAUUAUGAUUCAAAAGUCAUUCAGGAAAGACAUGCAGGCAGUGCACCUGUUUCGAGAGCUAUUUCAAAACAUCCGCUUAAAACCAGCACUCAGAACCUUCCAUUUUUCCUUCUUUGGACUCUUUAAAGCGGCUGAAUUGCAAGUUCAUAUUUAGAUUAAACGAGGUACAUCGCUGACUGUAAAAACGCACAUGAUGACAGAACCAAACAAUUUCUAUCCGUCUAACAUCGCCCUUUGCGUUGUAAAAGUUCUGUUGUGCCUUUCUGCCAUCAUGCUGAAUAGCAUUUCAAUCCACGCCAUCAGGAAAACGUCGUCGCUACAAAAGACUCUGAAAAUCAUGCUGCUGAGUCUAGCUGUUUCUGAUCUUGGCGUUGGCCUACUGGUGUAUCCUUUGGCCAUUGUAAUUACCACCCUGGAGAUGACUUCCAAUGCCCAAAAGAAUCAAGCUUAUAUGGUUAUACUCACCUUAUUUCAGGUCCCCUUGAAUCUGUUUUAUUAUGCUACUUUCUUUGGCGUGACUGCUCUCAGUGUAGAGAGAUUCUUGGCCAUUUUUUUUCAUCUUAGAUACCAGGAACUAGUAACCUACAAGCGUGUGGUUGCUGCUGUGAUCUCAAUAUGGAUCUCAUGCGCAUUUCUUUCGUGUAUUCAGUUUUGGACCACACCACUCAUUCGUAACGUCGUUUAUGUAACCAUUGAACUGGCUUGUCUUUUAACCACAGCACUCCUUUACUACAAAAUUUACCAAGCUGUGCGACGCCACACAAGAGAGAUUGAAUCCGUUCAGGUAGAGACUCUUGGCGGGGACAUCACAAGGACUACUCGGCGAUUCAAGUCUGCCAUCGGAACAUUCUACAUAUAUCUCGCUUUUCUUGCUUGUUACCUGCCACAUAAUUGCACCUAUCUUGCCAGGCUUAUAUUGGGUUCCUCUAUUAACUUGGAUUUGGUACUGCACUUGAUGCAAUACACUUUGACGCUUACAUGGCGAAAUUCAUCUCUUAAUCCUCUGAUUUACACCUGGAAGAUGAAACUAGUUCGCUUGGUAAUAAGAAAUACUCUGCAGAAUAUUCUAAUAAAUAGAUUUAGCCGAGGCUAA